CCCCAGCCAGCAAACCGCCGCCGCGGGCGCGCCCCCGCUCUGCGCUGUCUCUCCGAUGGCGUCCGCCUCCGGGGCCAUGGCGAAGCACGAGCAGAUCCUGGUCCUCGACCCGCCCACAGACCUCAAAUUCAAAGGCCCCUUCACAGAUGUAGUCACUACAAAUCUUAAGUUGCGAAAUCCAUCUGAUAGAAAAGUGUGUUUCAAAGUGAAGACUACAGCACCUCGUCGGUACUGCGUGAGGCCCAACAGUGGAAUUAUUGACCCAGGGUUGACUGUGACUGUUUCAGUAAUGCUACAGCCUUUUGACUAUGAUCCCAAUGAGAAGAGUAAACAUAAGUUUAUGGUACAGACAAUUUUUGCUCCACCAAACACUUCAGAUAUGGAAGCUGUGUGGAAAGAGGCAAAACCUGAUGAAUUAAUGGAUUCUAAAUUGAGAUGUGUAUUUGAAAUGCCCAAUGAAAAUGAUAAAUUGGGUAUAACUCCACCAGGGACUUCUCCAGCUGUCACUUCAAUAAGCAGCAUCAACAACACAGUUCCAACAACUGGCAGUUUUAAUACGAAGAAUGAUCCCAGGGGACUCAGUGUGUUCAAACAGGAGAAGCAGAAGAAUGAUCUGGAACCUAGCAAAACUGUUCCACUGAAUGCCUCUAAACAAGAUGGACCCAUGCCAAAACCACAUAGUGUUUCACUCAACGAUACCGAAACAAGGAAACUCAUGGAAGAAUGUAAAAGACUUCAGGGAGAAAUGAUGAAACUAUCAGAAGAAAAUCGACACCUGAGAGAUGAAGGCUUAAGGCUCAGAAAGGUAGCACAUUCGGAUAAACCUGGAUCAACCUCAGCUGCAUCCUUCAGAGAUAAUGUCGCCAGUCCUCUUCCUUCCCUUCUUGUCGUAAUUGCAGCCAUUUUCAUCGGGUUCUUUCUAGGGAAGUUCAUCUUGUAGAGUGAAGCAUGCAGAGUGCUAUUUCUUUUUUUUUCUCUUGACCAGAAAAAGAUUUGUUUACCUACCAUUUCAUUGGUAGUAUGGCCCACGGUGACCAUUUUUUUUUGUGUGUACAGCGUCAUAUAGGCUUUGCCUUUAAUGAUCUCUUACGGUUAGAAAACACAAUAAAAUAAACUGUUCGGCUCCUGGACAAAUUGUAUAUUACCAGAUCAUCACUAGCAGAUGUCAGUUGCACAUUCAGUCCUUUAUGAAAUUCAUAAAUAAAGAAUUGUUCUUUCUUUGUGGUUUUAAUAAGAGUUCAAGAAUUGUUCAGAGUCUUGUAAAUGUUAUUUUAAUAAUCCCUUUAAAUUUUAUCUGUUGCUGUUUCCUCUUGAAAUAUGAUUUAUUUAGAUUGCUAAUCCCACUCAUUCAGGAAAUGCCAAGAGGUAUUCUGUGGGGAAAUGGUGCCUCUUACAGUGUAAAUUUUCUCCUUUACCUUUGCUAAUAUCAUGGCAGAAUUUUUCUUAUCCCUUGUGAGGCAGUUGACUGAGUUUUUCAUCCUUACAAUCCUGUCCCAUGGUAUUUAACAUAAAAAAAAAAAUAAAACUGUUAACAGAUUCUUGCUCGA